UAUUAUUUUUGUUUCACUUCCGCCCAAUGCAUCGCGCCCAUGAUUAGCGAGAUUUUACUUUAACGGCGUCUUAUAUUCUUUUCAAUGUCUGGUAUAACCAAAUAUAGAUGACAAGAGAUGGAUGAGAAUCAACAAAAGGUGGUCGUACAACAGACAAAUCCUCAAGAUGGGGAGAAAUUUGUAGUGGUUUCAAUACCUCAGGAGUCAGUGGAGAAUAUACAGCUAGAAAGUCAGCUAGAUUCAGAGAACGUAUCACUGGAGAAUCCAGGCACAGCAUCUACAGAGUCUGUGGCUGUGGAAGCCGUGGACCUUGGAAAUCCGCUACAUCAAGAGACUCUGUCUUUGAAAUCAGCAGAUGCUCCUACAGAACCUGUGGCACUGGAAGCUUCCAGUAAUGCCACCUCCUCUGGAAUGUCCCUAGGCACCCCAUUAUUGCAGUGGACUCCUCAACAAACUAUGUAUACCAGUGCAGAGGCCAUUCAACAGGACAUUCAAGUUCUGCUUGGAAAGCUGAGGGAGUAUGGACAGGAAAGUUUGCUUAUCACAGCUGAUAAAGAAACAAUACGAAUGGAUGGGUCAUCAGGAGGCAAAAAAUUUAUAGAAGACCAUGAAUCUGUUGCCAGAUCAUUCCAUGAGAAGUGUUUUGGUAAUGAACUUGAUGAUGAGAAUGAAAAAGGAACCGAAAAUAAUGACAAUGAGGAACCUUUCUUAGAGACAGCAGCACAAGAAGAUGGAGUUGAAGAGUCAGUUGGAUUGACUCCAAAGAGGAAACGAGGAAGGCCUCCCAAACAGAAACCUCCAGAUGAACAAAAACCAGACUCCAGCAAGGAAUUGGACAACGAACCUGAGGAAAAAACAGAGACGCCUGUUACUGGCAAAAAAAGAGGAAGGCCAAGAAAAUAUCCAAUCACGGUGACAAAACCCACUGAUUCCGAACAUUUGGAUAAACAAGAGUUGGAGGAAACUGAAUUUAAAGAAAAUCCUGAAAAGCCGCCUUACACUGGGAAGAAGAGGGGGAGGCCAAGGAAACAGCCAGUGGUGUAUGAUCAAGAUAAAGAAGAUACUGACAGUGGUUCAGGAGGAAUAAGGAGAAGCAAUCGACCAGUGAAAAGGAAAGUUAUUGAAUCUCUUGGCUUUACACCACCUAAAGCAAAAAGAAAAUCGGGGGUAGGCUAUUCAGAUUUGAAAAUUAAGAGAAUGAUACAACCUGAAUACAUUAAUGUUGAAAAUACCAUAACUAUGGAAAAUGACCAAAGUCAAUCCACUGAAAACGAUGACAUUGGAACCAUCAGUGAAAUAUCAGGUAGUGAUAAAAGUCAACCCAACGAACUCGUAUGCAGCCAUUGUGGAUUUUCAGCUGAAGACCAGGAAGUGAUGGAGAAUCACAUUCGAGUAGAACAUCCAAAAGUUUGGGCCCAAAUCUUAAUUGAUGAUACCAAAAUUCUAUUGGCCCUUGGAAAGGAUCCACACAAGGUUCAGAGGUCUAGACCGGGAGCCCAGGUCCCAAAGAAAGAGGCCCCAAAAGAACAAAAACCCAAGGCUGUUAUUAGAUAUAUUACCUCUGCUCAAGGUGGGAAAAAGAAAAGAAGAUCAGAUGGACCUAGAUCUUCUGGUCAUUAUAGCUGUACAGUUUGCCAAAAGAGAUAUAAAACCAUCUGUUUACUCAAUGCGCAUAUGGGGUUGGUUCAUAAAGAUAGGAGAUAUGCCCAGAUAAAGAGAAGAAAAGAGCUCUUAAAGUAUAAGCAAAGAUUGAUAGCAUUGAAGAAAAAAAAUGACCAGAAUAAGGAUGGUGAGGAUGAUACAAAAGAAAGAAAGAAAGAUGAGGAAGUUGAGGAAAUUAAAAAAGAAGCUGAAGAUGUGGAGGAGGAGGAGACUGUAAGCGAGAUGAAAGCUGAGGCUGGAGAGGAGGUAGAGAAAACCCGACGAUCCAGGAGGUCCACACGAAGAAAAUCCCGAAAACUUGAUGAUUAUGAAACCGAUUUACCUGAACUUUACAGAUCUGAUGAUGAAGACAUAGACAUGAAUGCACACUAUGAUGAUCCCUAUGCUUGCCCUCUGUGUCUCAAAGAAUGUCACAGUGAAAAUGGUUUAUCUGAACAUUUAAAGAGGACCAAGCAUGGAGAGGUUACAGUGACUCCCUACCCAUGCCUGACCUGUAACAGGUUCUUCGUGGACUUUAAAACACUGGAGCUCCACAUGACCCAAUCAGGUCACAUGGGAGAGGAGAUGGGGAGCCUGGAUGGGGAAAUUACAGUAACCAAACAAAAAUCUGUAUCCAAAAGAGGAAUCCUCCUAUAUGUCUGCUCCUUGUGUAAAAGAGAGUUUGUAAAAGAGGAGAACUGCCAGAGUCAUUGUGCAUUGAAAGUUUGCAAAAAACCCUGGAAGAAAUCUUGUCCCAUCAUCUCAUGCAAGAAGCUGUUUUUUGAGAACAAUAUGUUUUUUCAACACAUGUAUUCAGAACACAAAAGUGAGUAUCCUUUUGUUUGCUCAGUUGAGGGAUGUAAACGGUUGUUCUUCCACACAGCAGCGCUCAACUCUCAUGUAUCUGCUCACAGUGCAGAAAAAGAUGGCCAUUUUCCACCACCGAGACCAAUUGAAGAUGGCAGGAAAAGAUGUGGCUACUGUGGCAUGCUGUUCACAUACAAUGAAAACCUUCGCCAGCAUGUCAAGAAAAUUCAUGACAAUGAAAUAUUUGGAAAAUUCAAAGAAAUGGUGGAGCACAACAAAGCUGCAGAACCAUUAUCAACCAACAAGAAGUUCCUGCAGGUUCAAAAGGACAAGGAAGAAGAUGUAGACAAGAUUGAUACCUUUAAAAGAAUGGACAAAACUCAAGUAACCAUCCGCAACCAUGUUAGUGGGGAGGAAUUCAAAUGCUACACUUGUGAUGAGACCUUUAGCCACAUUGAUGAUGUCGGUGACCAUAUGGUGGACACAGGACACUGUGGACUGCCAUUGAAUGCAUUGAAUGGGGCAAGGGACAUCCGGAUCCGAAUUCGUAAUACAGGGGAACAAUGCUAUGUCUGCACUCUGUGUAAAAUGGAAUUCAAGAAGAAAGAAACGAUAGAUAAACAUGUCCAAGAUGCCACCUGCAAGAAAAAGUACAAGAGAUUGUGCCCAAUAAUGAGUUGUAGAAUUCUUUUCAGAAAUUUCAACUAUUUCAAAGCACAUAUGUCUACCAUGCACAAGGAUGAAUUUCCUUUUAAGUGCCAAGAAUGCGGUAAAGAAUUUGAGCAGACUACGGCAUUGAAUUCACACAGAAACUCCCAUUACAAGGACACACAGCACAUCCAAACAGAUGUAUUGAAUUCAGACACCCCAAUGACUUGCCACAUUUGUAAGGAAAGAUUCAGAAAUAACCGAGAGUUAAGGGAACACAAAGAGAAAGCCCAUGAAAUCCAGAGAAAAUACAUGUGUGACAUUUGUGGAAAGAAGUACAAGAGGAAAGAAAACCUGAAAGAUCAUAUCUUCAUGGCACACGAGAGAGACCCCAGUAAAGACUUUGUCUCAUGUCCAACUUGUGGUAAAGCCCUCUCUAGCCGUAGAUCUCUGAGAUUCCAUUUGAGAUUUGCUCACACUGAUGCCAAACCAUGCGUAUGUGAGAUUUGUGGAUACAGUACCAAACAGCUUGGAAACCUGGCAUUCCACAUGAGGAAUACACACAGUGAUGUCAGACCGUAUGAAUGCGAGUGGCCUGGUUGUACAAAGACCUUUAAGGACAGGCAACUAUGGCAGAGACAUACACAGAGACAUGAGAUUGCUGCUGGUAACCUUGAAAAAGCCAAAACAUAUGGACCCAUUUUUACAUGCAAGAUAUGUCAGAAAGGAUUUUGUGGCAAGUACAAUUUAGAUAAACACAUGGUAUGUCAUGUAAAUGAAUUUCCAUUGAGCUGCAACUUGUGUGGUAAAGGAGUGAAGAGGAUAGGUAGUCUGCGAAGACAUUUGAGAACUGUACACCAUUUUGAUCCUAAAACCAAUACCCACAUGGAACCUGUCACCACAAUCAGAAAGCCGAAAUCUCUGAUGAAAAAGGAACCUGUUCGGAUCAAUCUUGAUUUAACAUCAGCCUCGCAGGAGGAGCAAGAGUCCAUUGAAGCCGAUUUUAAAGAACUGGAGUAUCAGCUACACACUGAUGCUCAGCAAAAAUACCAUCAAAUCCUGAAUGCUUCCAUUGAAGUGCCCUCCACCUCUGCAAGUGGAUCAGCUUCAGAACAGAAAGGCAGGGACUACAUGUCAGAGGCACAGAGUCAGGUCUCUCUCCUCGAAGGUGGAGCCAGCAUUGCGGAGAAUGUCAUAGAAGAGGCAGUGGACGAGUCCCAGAUUAUUAUUGAGAAUGUUGGGGACCAGUACAUCAUCAUGAAUCCAGAUGGAAACAUUUCCAAUCUGGAACAGCUUGGAAGGGAUAUUAUUCUUGCAGUGAAAAAUGAUGAUGGAGUUGUGUGUUUACAAAUGGUUGGAAAGUGAAUCUAGUGAACUGGACCUGAGUAUUCUUCAGAAGUUGAACAUCUUUUGAUGUUCUUUUGGGUUUGUGCAUAUUUAUAUUUAGAAGUUUUUGGAUUUGUUGUAAGCAUUAAAUGGUUAAUACUCUGUCCCAGUUCUGAAGAACACUAUCAAUAAAUAGCAACUAUUUUUAGAAUAGUAAUAAAAAUAGAAAAAUAACAUCCGUUGUAUAUUUUGCUCAAUAUUACUCGGUUAACUAUAAGUACUAAAUUACAAGGAUAUGGAUUCUUAUGUGUAGAAUGUGACUAAUAAGGGCUCUCUUGUUUCCCUCUUUUCAUUCCAGUUAAUGAAUGUAGUUGUACACUGUAUUACACGUAAUUACAAUAUGGAAAGAUUUAGCACAGACUGAAAAAGAAUUGUUGUACAGUACUAGGACAGAGGGAUAAUUUGUUCAGGAUGUUUUGUAUUUAGCUAAUUAUAUGAUAUGAGAUGUUUUGGUGUUGUUAGAUGUAUAUUUGUAUUACUGAACAUGUUAAUAAAUGCAUUGUUACAGUC